AUGGCCGACGACGCCAUCUCCAUCUACGAUGAGAUCGAAAUCGAAGACAUGACCUUCGACCCCACCCUGCAAAUCUACCACUACCCGUGUCCGUGUGGCGACCGCUUCGAGAUUGCAAUCGAUGACCUCCGCGACGGCGAAGACAUCGCCGUGUGCCCGAGUUGCAGCCUGAUGAUCCGGGUGAUCUUCGACCUGGCCGAUCUCCCGAAGGAUGACAAGCAAGAUUCCGCUGGUGCCGUUGCUGUGCAAGCUUAG